AUGGCUGAUGCGACUGCACCGGCCACUUCUACAACGCCGUUGUGGUUGGCAGGCCCCAGCGAGCGGCGCCUCCAGGAGAUAUCCAGUGCCAUCACCUCUAGAGCGCCUCGCUCCCCAAAAUACACUGCGGCGAUUCUGGAAGACGUAGCCGCACUUCGUCGACUCGCACAAAGCUUUCUUUUAUGCGCCAAUGCGUACUCUUCGCCCAUAUUGCGGCUCCCGCCCGAACUCAUGCGUGAGAUCUUCGCCAAUGUCGCCGCGCUGGAACCGACUAAACCCUCGAUGCUGGGCUGGAUCCGACUCGGUCACGUGAACUCUACAUUUCGAUCGAUAUUGUCGAACAUGCAUCAACUGUGGGCCUCCGCUGUAUGCGAUGUCAGCCAACGCGCGUCAAAUACAGUCUUCGCUCGUGCCGGCAAUUUGCCUCUCACCAUCCAUCUUGAUGACGAGAAUGAAAGCAUUGAAGCGUACCGCAUCCAAUAUGCCAUGUCACAUCUGGCUAUCGCUCGUCACCUGAAGAUCAGAGAAUACGAUCCCGAUACGGUUUUGUGGACAUUACAACCGCGAGAGAUGUCUGGCCGGGCGCUCCCGUUUCUUGAAACGCUGGAGGUAGAAGCGAUACAUAGACCAGAUAGGGACGCCGACUGGCUUGGUACCGACGUCUAUGGGCUUAGGCCCGUGCUCGCACCCCGACUCCGUAUCGUGCGCCUGACCAAUAUAUUCAUCCCAUUUCCUGCAGAAAACUUGACCGUGUUGGUGAUCGAACGGAGGAUGUUCUCCGAAGAUGGGUCUAUCCCAAACCAAGACGAUGUUCUUCCUUCACCCGAGCAAGUUUUGGAUUUAUUACGACGUUGCUCGAAUGUGGAGCACCUUCGCUUGGAGAACUCGAUUCCUGAGUUAACGCCGUUGCCCGAAAGACUUCUUCCCACUCUAUCCAUACCACUACCUCAUCUCAAGAUAGGAGACUUGUGGGCCGAGAUGGACAGGCUCACCGCUCUGUGGUCUCAUCUCGUACCUUCGCCGAAUGCUCGUUUGCGAAUCAAUCCAGACGGCAUCGACGUUCCAUCCGCAUACACCGAAAUCGUUGAUCGGGAUAGGCUAUCAUUCUUAGCGUCGUUUCAGCGACACAUCUCUACGAGACAUUGCGACCGGCCUGUUGCCAUCGCCAUGGAUUUCGAUAAUUACGACGAAUUCAAGACAUACUGUGGCUUUUACAGGCGAAAGCCUCACUUCGUAACGUCUACUUGGGAAGGUCUAUCCAUCUUCGGUGAGGAAUGCAUAGGAGAAGCAUACGCAAGCUGCCUUGACAUCACAUUUUCUCUGUGCAAAUGGGAUCAGCAGGUGUCUUUCGGCGCUUUCCUCGACUCCAUCCCGUCCGCAUUUCUCACCACGAUCGAUACGUUGGACACUCGAGCGAUGUCAGGCGAUGACCUACGGCGGUUGUUCCUCCGAUUGCCACUUUUACACACUGUACACAUACGCGACUGUAACACCCAGGUUCUCGAGGUUCUUUCAGCGUCUUCCCCCCGCUGGAUCCUGCCCCAACUUCGCCAUCUGCGCUUGGAGCCAAUCAGCCUAUGCGUCGAGCGAAAUGAGUCCAUGACAAUCGACGACGUGCCGUUUCAAGACAUCAUAGACAUGAUAUUUUUGCGCGCAACGGCCGGUCUGCGUCUGCAGUCACUGAAGGUCACUUGGGUCACCUUGGUAAACACAGACCAAGCGGCGAUGGACACAUUCACCACGAGCCUCAAGGCAAUUGUGCCGGCCGUAGAGGUCAUACUACCUUCAUGA